AGCAACGCGAAUAGCAUAACUUAGCUAGAAAAAUAUAUUAAAUACCUAUCUAGGUAGUUCUAUCUAUAUUAAAUUUUUUAUUAUGGGUUUGCUGGGCUGGAAAUUGUAAUCAACCCGUGUAGUACGAGCGGCUUAUCCCUAAAGUAGUCCGUAACACAAGAGUGUUCCGGCUUUGCAAUAGGCAAAGGUGUUUAAAGGGCUUCGGUAAGAUCAAACUUGGUUUGAGUACCAUUCUACAUCGAACGAAGAAUGGAUAGAAAGCACCAUUCGAGCGUCGACAUUACAGCAAGUGCCCUGGGCCUCCUCGUACCAUAUCCUCCCAACACAGCUUCUUCCAAUCUACGAUCUGACAUACCAGCUCCGGCUUUCCGUUUAGAGGAAAGUUCCGGACACAGCGGAGUCAAUUUGGUUUGCUAUGAAGGGGGAUACCGGCGCUCUGAAGCAUUCAUUUGGCGAAGGGCUGGCGUCUCCAGUAGAAGUGAGCAGUUCUCGAGAGCUCUCUUUGGUAGCAGUAUGCAAUGCGCCUGUUGAUGAUGGGUCCUAUGACCAUGCAUGGGAAUAUGCAUAUCGCAAUAGUUACAGCAUAACGGAGCUUAAAGGGCUAGAAUGCAUUAUGACUAACACGACCGUUCAUAGAGAUUGGAGAGAGGAGCAGAACUUUUUUCCAGUCCAUGAAAUUGUCUUUGGCCGAUCAUCUAAGCUGCUGAAGACUGAGCUUGACGAAAUCCGAGCGCCGUAUUUGCCACGGUGCGAGACAUGCGGCAGAAGAGGCACGAUAAAACACUACCUAGCACUCUUCCCCGACCUCCACGACCAACGACAGACACUUAUCAAUGCCACGAAGACCUCCGACACAUCACGAUGGCUCCAUGAACCAGUUCGUCGAUCGGCCCGCGGAGAUGGCAGGCAGCAGUCGAGCAGCUCCUUCUCGACGCCUCAUCCGCAACCUCGCCUCCCAUAAGGAGUCGGCGGAAGGUCGUCGUCGUCCACGGCCUUGGCGGCAUCCGUAUAUCCAUAGUUGCAUGGGAAAGCUUGGCGCCCGAUGUUCGCCGUGUCACUAACACGCACGAUUUAGUAUAAUCGACAUUUUUAUCUAUUACUACUAUACCACGCUUAUAUAGUAUUAAAGAGGUAGUAUAACUAAUAUAUAGUACUAUAGACCCCUAAUACCUCCUCUAUAUCCAUCUAGAGCGCCUUUAAAUAUAGGGGUGUAUACCUAG